AUGAGCAGUCUUCAACUCAAGCUAGAUGCAAUCCCAUCGUUGGAUGGAAAGGUGGUGGUUCUGACAGGCGGCGCUUCAGGUAUCGGUCUGGCAGCUGCUCGAAUAUUUGCACAUAAGGGAGCCCAAGUCCACGUGUUGGACAUUGUUCCCAUAGACGAAGCAUUCGACAUUUACGAGAUACCGGGUCAAGAGAGUGAUCCCUCUGCACGGCUUCCUCCGACACCUGCGGGCUCCAUUCAAUUUAGGCAAUGCGACAUCACGAAUUGGAAGAGUCUUCGAGACAUGUUCCUUUCCUUCAAGCACAUUGACAUUGCAGUUGCCAACGCCGGGGUGUCGCAAGACCCAGACUACUUUACAGAUGUUCUGGAUGAGGACGGACAAUUGAAAGAGCCAGCCCAUCGUGUCGUCGACGUUAACUUUCGAUCGGUACUGAAUUUCACGAAACUCGCUCUUCGUCAAUUUCAACUCCAGCAACCCGGAAGCAGCCUCGUAAUCACUUCGAGCGCCACAGCUUAUUCGCCCGAGCAGAGUUUACCAGUGUACAGCGCUACAAAGCUCGCCCUCGUUGGGCUCAUCCGCGGACUGCGUCCCAUGGCAGAUAUAUAUGGGGCGACUAUCAAUGGCGUAGCACCCGCUGCUACAAUCUCCAAACUCUUGCCAGGAAACCUCGCUGCGCCUAUCCAGGCUGCCGGAGCGCCCAUUAGUAGCGCAUUUCAUGCAGGUCUGGCAAUUGUCUACUCUGCUACAGCUCAGCAGAAGAACUUUGUCGAGCCUUACGGUAGAGACGAUCCAGCCAAGGUGUCGGCACCAGGGCGAUGGAAUGGACGGGUUAUCAUGACUCUUGGAGAUCGGUGGACGGAGCUGGAGGAGCCUAUCGCAUCGCUGCGGCCGCAGUGGUUGGGGGAGUACAACAAGGAGAAGACCGCCUGGCAGCAGAAGUUGACAGACAUGCGAGGAUUACCUAUGUAG